GACGGGUCGGCCGUCGCCAACAGCGGCAAGUCGGUGGGGACCGAGGUCGUGUACAACAAUAUCACCCUCUACGUCUCCAAGCCCGACGAGUCGAUCAGAAAGGCGCGGACUGGCGCCGCCGUGCUGUACCUGACCGACGUCUUUGGCAUCCAGCUGCUGGAGAACAGGCUACUCGCCGACAGCUUCGCGCGCGCGGGGUACCUGGUCGUGGCGCCAGACCUCUUCAACGGCGCGCCCGCACCCAACGACCUGAACACGCCGGGGUUCGACACGGGGGCGUUCCUGGGCCUGCACGGGCCGGCGGCGACGGACCCGAUCAUCGCAGCCGCAGUAGCGUACGUGCAGGCGACGGCGGACGGCACGGCCAAAGCGCCGGUGCGCAUCGGUGCCACGGGGUACUGUUUUGGAGGGCGGUACGCGUUCCGGACGGCGGCGGCGGGGCGGGGCGCGGUGGCUGCGUUCGCGGCGCACCCGAGUUUGUUGGAGGACGGGGAGAUCCUGGGCGUCAAGGGCCCGGCGUCGGUGGCGGCGGCCGAGAACGACUCCAUGAUGCCGCCGGCGCGGCGGGCGGCCAUUGAGGCACUGCUGCUGAACAGCACGCAACCCUAUCAGGUUGCCCUGUACUCGGGCACGUCGCACGGCUUUGGCGUCAGGGCCAACGUGUCAAACCCCAUUGAGAAGUUCGCCAAGGAGUCGGCGUACUUGCAGGCUGUGCGGUGGUUUGACAACUUCCUGUGA